AGUCUUUCAAGUUGAUUCGUGUAAGCUGCUCCACAGAUACUUGUCUUACCAUGGCCAUGAUUCCUUGGCUGCUUCUGUUUUCAUUAUUUCCUUCUGUCUUUUCCGCAUACAGAUCCGACGACCAACUAAACUUCAUUUACCAUACCUGUAACAUGGAGCUCGGAAACAUUACUACUGAUACCUACUCCAAAAACCUGAAUAACCUUUUGGAGAAAAUAUAUUCCGACAAAGAAAUUGACGACGGGUUCUACAAUUUCUCUGAUGGCGAAGAGCCUGACAAAGUUUACGCUAUCGGUCUCUGCAGAGGCGAUGUUAAGGCAGAGGCAUGCCGUAGUUGCCUCUCACGCGCCUCAAGCCUUCUCACAGAUAGGUGCCGACAACAGAAAGAGGCGAUUGGAUGGUAUGAGGUGUGCAUGUUACGCUACUCCAACAGCUCAAUAGUUGAACAAACUGUAACUGAUAGCAGCGACAUAGUAAAAUGCAGCCCAGAUAAUACGACAAAGAAAGAUGCGUUUGAUGAAGCGUUGGAGGGGUUGGUGGAUAGACUGAGAACCACGGCCGCAGGUGGUGACUCCCGUCGCAAGAUUGGUGAAGGAGAGGCUCCGGUUCGAUCAAGCGAUGAAACCAUAUACGGUCUUCUUCAGUGCGCGCCUUAUUUGUCUUACUCAAACUGCUCUAAGUGCUUGCAGUAUGCUAUGUCGAGAACUAUUUCACUUUCAUCACCUAAUUGUGAAGGAAGGAGUGGGGGAAGAUAUCUAGGGCGAAGCUGUUCCUUAAGAUACGAUAUUUACUCCUUUUUCGAUUUCACUGUGGAUGCACCUGCUCCACAGCCUACCCAACCACUUCCCCUUGAAAAAGGAAAGAGCAAACAAUCACGAACUAUCAUUGCUGUAGUCGUGCCAGUCGUUGCGGUUGCCGUUGCCGCACUCCUGCUUCUCAUGUUCAAUUAUGCAAGACCCAGAAGACCAAGACCCAAGCGUCUCCCAAGGGACGGUGAAGCUGAUGAAUCUGAAGGUGAUGAUGAAUCAGAACUUGGUAAUAACAUUAAAACAGAUGAGUUGCUGCAAUAUGACUUUGCAACCAUCAAAUUUGCUACAAAUAACUUUUCUGACGCAAAUAAGCUUGGUCAAGGUGGAUUUGGAAUUGUUUAUAAGGGUACGCUCUCCGAUGGACAAGAAAUUGCUAUUAAAAGAUUGUCUAUCAAUUCUAACCAAGGAGAAACAGAAUUUAAGAAUGAAAUCAUGCUAACGGGAAAGCUUCAGCACCGAAACUUAGUUAGACUACUCGGCUUUUGUUUUGCUAGAAGAGAAAGGUUAUUGAUAUAUGAGUUUGUUCCCAAUAAAAGCCUUGAUUAUCUCAUAUUUGAUCCAAACAAACGGGCAAGCUUAAAUUGGGAAAGACGUUAUUCAAUUAUAAGAGGUAUUGCUAGAGGUCUUCUUUAUCUUCAUGAAGAUUCUCGAUUACCAGUUGUUCAUCGUGAUCUCAAAACAAGUAACAUUUUGUUAGAUAAAGAGUUAAAUCCCAAAAUAUCAGAUUUUGGUAUGGCAAGAUUAUUUGAGAUCAAUCAAACUCAAGCCAAUACGAGCACAAUUGUUGGUACCUUCGGAUAUAUGGCUCCAGAGUACAUUAAACAUGGGCAAUUUUCAAUAAAGUCAGAUGUUUUUAGUUUUGGUGUAAUGAUUCUAGAAAUUGUCUGUGGCCAAAGGAACAGUGAGAUCCAUAGUAACGAAGAAAAUGCACAAGACCUACUAAGCUUUGCUUGGCAAAAUUGGAGGGGUGGGACAGUUUCAAAUAUUGUAGAUCCCACAUUAAAGGAUUAUUCUUGGAAUGAAAUAAUGAGAUGCAUCCACAUUGGGUUAUUGUGUGUCCAAGAAGAUAUAGGUGACAGACCAAGUAUGAAUUCCGUUUCACUAAUGCUUAGUAGCAGCUCUUUCCCACUUGCCACACCUUCAGAACCUGCAUUUUUAAUGCGUGGUAAAAGGCCAUUGCCUAUGGCUAUGGCUACGCUGUUGGAUGAGCAAUAUUCAGAGGCAACAAGGUCAAGCGAUUCAGGAACUCAAGGAUCAUCAGAUAAGGCUCCAAUCACCGACCCGUAUCCUCGUUAGCUGUUUGUGACCAAAUUUACUACUUACGCGCAUUGGAUAAAAGGAAAUUGAUUCUCAAUGCAACUUAUCAAUUAUUGAAAAACUUCAUCCUUUGGAGUUGACACCCUUCCUGGUUAUUUUGUAACACCAGCUUCUCUUAAUUAUAACUUUGCCCCACCAGGGUUUUCUUUUUC